UGUGCUCAGACGGUAAAUCUCGUUGUGCAACCAACAUUUGCUUCACUGGUUGAUGUUCUUGUAGAUCCAGCUAAAUCAGAACUGCAGAAGGUACGAUUGGUCUUUCGUUGGAUCACUGCUCAAAAUUGUCAAGAGAUGGACUUUCUUGAUGUUAUCGAUGAUACACCUUUAGGAGUGCUGAAAGGCAUUUAUCAAAAGAAGAUUACAUGGUCUACGUUAUUCAUGAGAAUGUGCAGGUAUGUGGGUUUGAAAUGUGUAGAGAUUCCAGGUAGAGCCAAGAAGGCUGGAUUUGUUCCUGGUCAAUCCAUUUCAUCUGAAAAUCCAGACUUUUACCAUACAUGGAAUGCAGUAUGUAUCGACAGCUAUUGGCAUUUUGUUGACUGUAACUGGGGUGUAUCCCAUAUCAGUAGUUCAAAAGCCUUUGAUCCAUUCCGGUACCAGUAUGAUGAACAUUACUUCCUUGCUGAUCCAGAGGUUAUCAUUCGGACACACUUUCCAAAUGAUCCAGCAUGGCAGUUACUUGUGAAUCCCUUUACGCAGCAGGAUUUUAUGGAAGAUUUGGUUUUGAAACCCGAUUUCUUCGCUUACGGGUUUGUGCCUAUGUCUCAUACAAAGUGUCUUAUCUUAGCUGAAAAUGGCGAUGUUAAUCUGAAAAUGGCCUUCCCUAAAGGCUUCAUCGUAACAUGCCAGAUUUUUGCACUUGAUCAUCAAAUUGCACAAACGCAAGAUGGCGUUCCUUUCAGUGCAUUUAUCUUCCAGCAGCAGGUAGCUGAUAAUGUUCUAAGUUUUUACAUGAGGUUUCCUGAUCCAGGAAGUUAUUAUUGGGUGUUUUACGCCAAGAAGCAUUUCCUUGAUGGUGAUUUCAACAUUGAGACCGCUACCGAGAUUUGCUGUUACAAAGUAGACAGCCAGCAUCCGUCUGCUGAUAGCUAUCCCCUCCCACAAUGUCCAUUGCAGUGGUGGGGGCCAAUUGGCGUAGAGAAUUUCGGCCUAACAGCACUCGCGCAAAAUGCUGUAAUUAUGUGCAAGAAAGAGGAUGCAGUUAUUCAGUUCAAAGUCUCUGAUGUCAACACCUUUGUCACUUCAGUCACCGCAUAUCAGGCUCAGGAAGGCCAAUUUCAACCCUUUGUAGUUCAAAGUGAAUCAGAUGGUGUAGUCACAUUUCGGUUCAGUCCUCCAUGUCCAUCUCGUUUUGGAUUUCACAUCUACACACCCAACACAUCCAGUUCGCAAGGCGGUGUUCUGCCCAUCUGUAGUUACCUAAUUGUUUGCACUGAAGCAAAAAUAAAUAUCCGUCCAUACCCACAUAUCCAGAAUCAGUGGGGCCCGACAGAAGCAUUUAAUAGCAUGGGAUUGGAGAUGCUGGGUGACCCAAACCCAGUAAUUCUUACAAAAGAUGGUGACAGCCGACUUCAGUUCAGGUUUAAUAGACAGCUGAAUUUGUCUUACACAUUUAUGUAUUAUGCGGGUCCCGCAGGCCAGGAUUUGACGCAAACUGUAUACUGUGAACCCGGUGAAAACCAGAUUACAUUUUUAUUGUUCAUGGAACAAUGUGCAAACUAUCCGUACACGGAGUUUACACGCCAUAACGGUAAAGCCUUACUCUACGCAUACGAAGUGAAGCUGACAAAUGUUGACGAAGCCCAGUGUUUAUCGUCAUGUUUGACGGAAAGGCGAUUCUUGUGUAGAUCUGUGGAUUAUUGGAUUACGGGAAGGAUAUGCUACAUUAAUUCACAAACAAAGUGGUCAAGCCAAAUUGAAUUAAAACACAGCAACCACUACGUUCACUUUGAAGUCAAUAAAGAAAUAUUUCCGUACAACCAGUUCAAGACAUACAAGGGAUACACAUCUACAAUUCCUCGUGACGUCACCUAUUAUAGUGUAUCGACUUUAGAGGAGUGUUUGUUUUUGUGUCUAAAGAAUCCAUUAUUGGAUUGUCAAUCAAUCGAUUACUAUUUAAUGGGCACUUGUUACCAUAAUGGUCCAGCCAAUACCAACAUUACCACAAACAUUAUUCCCAAUAAUCAAUAUAUACAUGCGCAGUUUGUUCCAGAUUUCCCUGUAAACCAGUUCAAUCGUACAGUGUCACGUGCUUUGAUUGCGUACAACGAUAUUAUACUACGCGGGGAAGGAUUGGACGAGUGUUUACGGUCUUGUUUGCGUGGACCCCCGUUUAUUUGUCAUUCGGUGGACCACAUCGUACCUGACAACUCUUGUUACAUGAGCGUAGAGACAUGGGUAACAACGGGAACCGAACUGGGAGUAUUCUAUAAAACAAACUAUUGGCAAAGUAUACAAGCGGAAUGUUUAGAAGGUGAUUUUGCAUGUGAGCAUGGUUGGACAUGCCUGAAAAGUUGGCUCGUUUGUGACGGUAAAAUCCACUGUCCCGAUGGCAGCGACGAACUUCGUUGCAGUAAUGACUGUGGUGUAGAUGAAUUCAGAGGCGAGGAUGGCGGAAUACAUGGAAUGUGUAUCAGUAAUGAUCUAGUAUGUGAUGGGUACAACCAUUGCCAUGCUGGUACUGACGAAUCUGAGAAAACAUGCAUUGUUUGUCGUGGUUUCAAAUGCGAUAGUGGGGAGUGUCUACAUGCGUCUCUCCAAUGUGAUGGUAUUAUCGACUGUGUCGAUAACAGUGAUGAACGCGGUUGUCAAAUAGAUAAGUGUGAAGACAAAUUCCGCUGUGUUAAUUUGAAAUGCGUAAAUCUGUAUCAUCGAUGUGAUUAUGUAAAUGACUGUGGUGAUUGGAGUGAUGAAUGGGGCUGUAAUUAUCGCAGAGAAUGUUACACGACCAGAAAUGGCAUUGACUACAGAGGAAACAUCAACCGGACUGUAAGUGGUAGGAUAUGUCAGAAAUGGUCUGAUCAAUUUCCGCACCGACAUCAGAUGAAGCCUGAAAACCACCGCCCUACUAAAGGAUUAGGUGAUCAUAAUUACUGCAGAAACCCAAAUGGCGACAAGAAACCAUGGUGCUAUACAACUGACCCGGAUGUCAGGCGUGAAAGUUGCAAUGCUGGUGUAUAUAGAAACAUAUGUACAAAAGAUUACUGUCCUAGUGACUCAUUUAUAUGUGACGAUGGUACAUGUAUCGACCCUUAUUAUCGAUGUAAUGCGCGCAAUGACUGUCCUGAUCGAUCUGAUGAAGUAAACUGCAUUUCACAAGAAUUUGGCUUAGGAUGCUAUCGUAAAAAGGGAACUCUGUAUCGUGGGUUUGCUGCUAAUGUCACGUCUGGUUUACCGUGUAUUCCUUGGGAGAAUUCCAUGUCUAAAUAUACACCUCAGAAGAAACCAAAUUCAGGUUUGGAAGGCGCUUACUGUCGCAAUCCUGACAAAGAGUAUAUUCGACCAUGGUGUUUCCAUGUUGACGAUUCACAAGAUAAGAUUGGAUGGUCAUACUGUGAUAUUCCCCAUUGCAGUGAUGUUCGUGGUGUUCGGAAGAAUGACAGUUUACCACUCAAUUGGUCUCACCCUUACUUCAAUUUAAUAAACGACACAGAGUUGUUCAAUACAUUUGAGACCAGGUUCUACACAUCGCCUGGUUUUGAACGUGUCAAGGGUGAAACAUCGCCGGAUUGGUACGGGUUUAUGACGUUCAGUUCCAAUCCUGAUUACAGUGAUUUGGAGCAAGUGUUCAAGAUAAAACCAGACGAGACUGUGAUUGACUUCCGUAUAUUCACUAAUGACAAGUAUGGUAACUGCUUUACCUUCAACCACGGUUCAAAUAAUACAGAGAUAUUGAAUUCAACACAGGCAGGAUCGUCUUACGGUUUGCGUCUAACCCUAUUUACUGAGCAGAAUGAAUAUAUAAGCAUAUUUGGACAGGAUUCCGGUGUACGAGUGUCCAUACAUGACCAUAGGGUGGAACCAUUCCCAGAGGAAGAUGGUUUGACCGUUAGACCAGGAGCCGUAACUUCUGUUUCCAUGAAGCAGGGUAAAAUACAGCGACUAGGACAUCCUUACGGCAACUGUAGUGAUGGACAUGACUGGUCAGAUAACGGAUAUAUGUACACUUUGAAGUCAUGUCAACACAGGUGUAUACAACAUGCCUUGUUAACUGAAUGUGGAUGCGUGGAUAGAUCAACGAAUGAUGAUCGACCUCGGUGUAUGGUGUUAAACCAAACUCAAGUGAGUCUUGGUACGAUAAAACAAUAUCCCAGUCAUUUUGGCCGUCAGAAAGCUAUCUCACGAAACUUAGUUGGAUUAUCGAUUUAUUAUGACGAGCUAAAUUAUGAGAAAUUCACUGAAAACCCCAAUUACAUGAUUGAAAAGUUAUUUGGUGACAUAGGAGGUUCCCUUGGCUUAUAUAUCGGUCUAUCACUUCUUACUGUCGUCGAAUUUCUUGAACUGUUGUACCACGUGUUGCGUUAUCUGUUGACAAUUACGUUGAGAGCUAUUUACCGUCGAUGA